AUGAAGUCUGUUGCUGCUCUUACACUCGUUGCCCUCGCCAGGGCCUCCCCCUUGGCUCGCGAUGCGAACGACAUCGUCACCCGCGACGGCCACAAGAUGGACGACCAUAAAAUGGAAAUGACAGGCCCUUUCACCUUUACAUCCACCUACAACGUGAUCGCCAGCCCAAACCAGGUCGUCAACUCGGAUAACGAGUAUACCGGCGGCCUCGAGGGCUGCACGGGUCAGUUCAACUUCGGCAUCAACUCGCACGACAAUGUCAUCUGCUACAACAUCACCAUCGACGGAUUCCAGGGAGACUAUGAAUCGCCUGCCGAUACUGCCACCCACAUCCACGAGGCGAUGGUGGGCAUGUCGGGUCCUCCUCGCAUUGCCUUCCCUAACCCGGUCGAUAUCGGCGAGGGUCGUCGCAACAGCAUCGGCUGCCUUCGGGGACCGUUCACCACAGGUGUGCUCUCCGACGGCACGGACACUGGUGAGGGCUUCCACGUCUCGCAAAUUGAGGAGAAUCCUGCCGGCUUCUUUUCCGACACCCACUCCAGCCUUGCUGUGCCCGGUGCUACGCGCGGCCAACUUGGUGGUCCCGAGUGCAAGUAA